UCGCCGCGAAUCCCGAUGCCCGCCACCGUGGCCGCCGCGGCGGCCGCCUCGGGAGGCGCGCUCCUUCUCUACCUGCUCAUCAACACCUGCCGCCCGCUGCCGCCGCCGCGCGCCGAGGGUGCGGCGGGGGAGGAGGAGGCGCCGCUUCUUCUGUCGCGGGCGGAAGAGGCAGCGCGCCGGGGUGGCGACUUCGCGGAGGACGGAGAGGAGGCUUGGCCGCACAGUCCGCCGGUGUCCUGCUGCGAGGCCGCGGCGGUGGCCGCGCGCACGACGCGCCGCCUGUGGGAGCUCCUCGUCGGCCGGUGGGGCCUCCACGGCCUCGCCUUCGGGAUCAAGCGCCACAUGAAGCGCCAGGGUAAUUUGCAGCACGAGUAUAGUGGAAAUGACUGCGUUCAACUAAAAGGCCACGAGGCGUGUACUGAAGUAGCUUAUCUUCUUGAGUACUUGAAACUUUGCAUGUUCUACUCAAAGGAAAGAUUUUCUGAAUUCCUAAAGUUUGGUGGGUACAGUCAAGAAGACAUUCUCAUCCACAAGUCUAGGGCGAGGCUUAUGCAACCUUCUUUUGCACUUGUGCGUGACAAAAGAUCCAAGUGCUUUCUGCUUUUCAUUCGGGGCGCUAUCAGUCCUAAAGAGCGUCUGACGGCAGCAGCUUCUGUUGAAGUUCCUUUUCACCAUAUAGUAUUAAAUGAUGGACAGAUUGACAAUGUAAUCUUAGGAUAUGCACAUUGUGGAAUGCUUGCUGCAGCUCGUUGGAUCGCUAACCUUGCUAUCCUCCCUCUUCGCGAUGCAAUAGGAAAAUUCCCCGACUACAAAGUAAAGGUCAUUGGGCACUCAAUGGGAGCAGGCAUUGGAGCAAUUCUGACGUAUAUUCUCCGUGAGCAAUAUGAUUUUACAUCAUGCACAUGUCUAGCGUUUGGUCCCGCUGCAUGUAUAACUUGGGAGCUGGCGGAAUCAGGCAAAGAUUUCAUCACAUCUCUUGUCAACAGAGAUGAUGUGGUGCCAGCAUUUUCAAAAGUUUCUAUUGAGAGCCUCCGAUCUGAGGUAAUGGUAUCAUCGAAGCUGGAUGAUCUGCAGGAUCAAGAUCACCUUAGUUUAUUUGCGAAAAUAAGUCAGCAUGUAGCUUUAGCAAAGUCUCACAUGCUGUCCAUCUCUCAUCCAACGGCGAAGACUGACGAAGUUUCUUCCAGCAUUUAUGAGCCCUUGCUGAAGGAAGCACCAGAAACCACACAGCUUGAAGCAAAUGAGCCGAACAUUGAAUGUAGUCAGCAGCAAGUAGACCUCGAGGCAAAUCCAGAACAUGACUUUCCAGCUACAUCUGUGGAGACUUCUGAAGAAAAGAUUAUCCUGGUUAACAAGGAGGAUGCUGCCAGUGUCACAUCGGUUGCUCUUUCAUACUUUCCAUCGCAUGGGUACACGGACAGUAACAGAGAUACGGAACAAGCAUCCUUUGCUAGAGAGGAAGAAGCACCGUCCCUGAAGCCGCAGAAUGGUGUCGGCAAAGAAAAACAGAAAGAAUGCCCGUCCGCCCCUGGCUCGCGCCAACUUUUCCCUCCUGGGAGAAUCAUCCAUAUGGUCGUGCAGCCCUCACUGGACCAGAAUCCUGGCGAAGGCAGCAGCAACAAGGAGAUCAUCGGUAUCUACGAGACGCCCAGAGAAUUGUACGCAAAGAUAAGGCUCGCGCCGAAUAUGGUAAAUGAGCAUUACAUGCCUAGUUACAUAAGCACUAUGGAGUCAUUGUUGGAACAGCUUAAUAGCAAUAACAUUGUAAGUACAACAUUGAAUGAUUUGUGAAACUGUUCUAG